AAAAUAUUUGAACUUUAAAUUGUGAAUCGGGUCUUAUAGUUAUUCGAAAUGCAUAUUGUAAACACUGUAGUUCCCUGGAUGAUAGCUUUCUUGUAUUUGAUUCUUCAAGUUCAAGCUAGUUUUGAAGAUGAUGUUUUGGAUGAACACAACAAAUAUCGAAAGAAACAUGGCUGUCCCAAGCUCGAACUCGAUUCAUCCUUAAAUGAUGACUGUAAAAAGUAUGCAGAGGAAAUCGCAGGUGCAAAUGCCUUGAAACACUCUGAUGGACCUUAUGGUGAAAAUCUUUGUUAUACAUCUUCAAAUCCUGUAACUUGUGUCAAAAAUUGGUAUGACGAAAUUAAGGACUAUGAUUAUGAUAAAGCAGUCUUUUCACCUGCCACUGGACAUUUUACGCAAUUAGUGUGGAAGUCCAGUAAAACUUUGGGUGUUGGCAAGCAUUCAAACCCUGAUGGUGUAACCUAUGUUGUUGCAAGAUACAAACCUGCUGGUAAUGUAGAAGGCCAGUUUAAGCAAAAUGUCCCUAGAGCAAAUCGCUCUGCUAACAAGCAAGACUGCUCCAAGUAUCUGAUACUUUAUUCGUGGAUAUUUAUUGUGCUGUUCAUGCAAAGUUCAUGAUUUAAUUUCUAUACGUUGUGGUUUGAAACACAUCGGAGUGUCAAAGCGGAAUGUCUUUAAUAUUUUGUGAAUGUGCAAUAGUCUCUAAUGUAGUGUUUGAUAAAUAUGCCAAAUUAUGUUUCAAUUAAAAAAGAAUAUAAAUUUA